CCCUCCUGCCUUUCACAUGAUCUGUAAGCCUGCACGGAGGAGAGACGGGAAUGUUGAGAGGAGCGUCAACAACGAUGGCUGAACAAAGCCACAGUCCCUCUGUAAUGCGUCUCCUCUACACUGUCGCCAUAUGGGUGUCAGUCAUCCACAGCAGCAAAGGAAUUCCCUGGACACAAGAAAAGCUCCGUCACCAAGCUGUCACUCUCACAGAAGAUGAGGUCCGCACUGCCCUUUCGCACACCGAUCUGGAGCAGAUGUGGCUGAGGGAUCUGAGGCCACUGCUGGUUACCAGGUAUCCAGGCUCUGCAGGCAGCCAGGCUGUGCAGGAGCACAUCAAAACUACACUUGGUUCCCUUGGAGCAGGCUGGGAAGUGACAGAGGAUAAGUUUGUGUCGCAAACACCCUACGGCCCCUUGCCCUUCACAAACCUAAUUGCCACCCUCAACCCAUCAGCCAAGCGCCGCCUGGUCCUGGCCUGUCACUAUGACUCCAAGUACUACCCACCACAGUGGCAUGGGAGGGAGUUCCAAGGUGCCACUGAUUCUGCUGUUCCCUGUGCCAUGAUGCUGGAACUGGCACGAGCCCUGGAUGGAGACCUGAGAGCUCAGAAGAUUUCCAGUCCAAACCUGACCCUGCAGCUGCUCUUCUUCGAUGGAGAGGAGGCUCUUUUCCAGUGGACCCCUACAGACUCUCUGUAUGGUUCGCGCCACCUGGCCCAGAAGAUGGAGACCACCCCACACCCAACUGGAGCCACAGACACCAACCAACUGCAUGGCAUAGAUUUGUUUGUGCUGUUGGAUCUCAUCGGAGCUCCCAGCCCACACUUCGGCAAUCAGUUCCCCAAUACAGUGCGCUGGCUCUCAAGACUGCAGAACAUUGAAAGGCGUUUACACUCCAUGAACCAGCUUGUGGAUCACCCUAACAGCGUGCAAUAUUUCUGGCCCGAUCGACCUGUUGGUCACAUACAAGAUGAUCAUAUACCAUUCCUGAGCAGAGGUGUACGUGUCCUCCACCUUAUCCCCUCCCCCUUCCCGUCCGUGUGGCACACAUUUGAUGACAACGAGCAGAACUUGGAUCGCUCCACCAUUCAGAAUCUCAACAAGAUCCUGCAGGUUUUUGUUUUGGAGUACCUCAAUGCCAGACCCACCAUGGCUUCAACUCCACAGAGCUCACUGUGAAAACCCCAGCACGCCAUUAGGCCGCUCCUUUCUUUUGAAGAUUGAAAGAAUUAAUUGUAUUUAAUGCUGUAUAAACACCAACAAUAUAUAGUCCUCCUCAAGAUGUGAGGUUGAGACUCAACUCCACUUGCCAGAUGGGUCCCAACAUUUCAAAUAGAGAAUAUGUUUAGAGAUGCUUGGUGUCAUCAACCUGGACAAAUACCUUUCUUAUUUUGAAAAUCUUUGUCUAAAUAUGUUUUGGCUCAACUCAGUGUAGGUGAAAGAUAUUUUCUUCCCAAGUGGGUUUUUGGGUUUUGUAAGAGACUUCAAGACUCUGAAGCUUCAUCUUCUUUUCAAGCCCCCAGCAACAAGAUCAGCACAUAGGAUCUCUUGUGUGUUUUUUAUUACACUGCUUUCUUUGUAUCAGCCAAAACCCCUCCUUUACACAGUGAGGAGGCAUCUUAGUGUCCAUGCUAAUGUCUAGGAUCUGGUGUCUCAAAGAGGAGGAAAAAGGCCAUCUCAGAGGAAAAAAAAAACAUUUUUAUUGUUUUUAAAAAUUUCCUUGGCAACACUGAUAUAGUUGGUCAUUUUAUUUUGGGUUGCUUUGGAGAUGGGUGAAGAAUCUUUACUUACAGUCUUGCCAUAACAUCCAGAAUCCCUGAUCUGUUAUGUAUUGUGAUAGAUAAAUGCAAUAUGGCCACCCACAUGAUGCUGCCAAAACAUGGGGCAGAGAGUAUGGGGAGACCCGUGAGACAGUGUCACACUGUGUGUUUCAGCUUUGCAGUGCGUCACAUUUUCUGGUCAGUAAAACUGUUUAGUGGUGUUUAUAGAGCAAACCUGUCAGUGACAGGAAGCUGUUUUAUUUGUAUUACAACAACAUCUUUAGCUUUUUAUAUCCUGUCUUCUUAGAUAGUGAAGUGGAUAACUUCCUGUGCUGAUGUUUCAUGUGCCUGCGUUUAUUUAUAUGACAAUAUUAGCCUGAAUUUUAAUGUAGAUCCCAGAAUAAUAUACAGUGCUGAAUCUGGACUUCCUGUGUUUUGAGGCUGAAAUAAAUGUUGAUUCAGAAUA